AUGAGGAUGCUGCUGCAGCGCUUCUCGCAUCCCGUUGGCUGCAUCCUCCUACGGUUUUGUGAACCAUGCACUGGAACUUCUGGUGCUGAGAAAUUAUGGUCCAGAUGUGUGGGAGGACAUCAAAAUCUGGAUGCAUUGCAUGAUCAUCUAGGCACCAUCUACCCCGGCAUGCGCGCGCCCUCCUUCCGCUGCACGGAUGCGGAGCGAGGGAACAACCUCAUUCUGCACUAUUACUCUGAGAGAGAGGGUCUUCAGGACAUCGUCAUUGGGAUCAUCAAGACGGUUGCACAGCAGAUUCAUGGAACUGAGAUUGAGAUGAAGGUCAUUCAGCAGAAGAGUGAAGAAUGUGAUCACAUUAAGUUCUUGAUUGAGGAGAAGGACUCGGAGGAGGAGGCGUUUUAUGAAGACCUGGAUGGUUUCGAGGAGAACGGGACUCAAGAGACGCGGAUCAGUCCUUAUACCUUCUGCAAGGCUUUCCCGUUCCACCUGAUGUUCGACAGGGAGCUCAUGCUCACACAGUGUGGCAAUGCUAUCUUCAGAGUUCUGCCGCAGCUGCAGCCUGGCGUCUGUAACCUGUCCUCAGUGUUUUCUCUGGUGCGGCCGCACAUAGACUUCAGUUUCCAUGGCAUUCUGUCUCACAUCAACACCGUCUUUGUGCUGCGGAGCAAGGAGGGCCUGUUGAACGUAGAGACUGCGGAGAGUGAAGAUGAACUCACAGGAACAGAGAUCAGCUGUCUCAGACUGAAGGGCCAGAUGAUCUCACUUCCUGAGACGGAGAACAUCCUUUUCCUGUGCUCACCCAGUGUUAUGAAUCUGGAUGACCUGACGAGGAGAGGUCUGUACCUGAGUGAUAUUCCUCUUCAUGACGCCACCCGUGACCUUGUGUUACUGGGGGAGCAGUUUCGCGAGGAGUACAAGUUGACCCAGGAGCUGGAGAUCCUGACCGACCGUCUGCAGCACACGCUCCGAGCCCUGGAGGAUGAGAAGAAGAAGACAGACAGAUUGCUGUAUUCGGUUCUACCUCCGUCUGUCGCCAAUGAACUUCGGCACAAGCGGCCCGUGCCUGCUAAACGGUACGACAACGUGACCAUUCUUUUCAGCGGCAUCGUCGGGUUCAAUGCGUUCUGCAGCAAACACGCAUCAGCAGAGGGAGCCAUUAAAAUCGUCAAUCUGCUCAAUGACAUCUACACCAGAUUUGACAUUCUCACGGAUUCUCGGAAGAAUCCUUAUGUGUAUAAGGUGGAGACUGUUGGUGAUAAGUACAUGACCGUGAGUGGUCUUCCGGAGCCCUGCACCCAUCAUGCAAAAUCCAUCUGUCACCUGGCCCUGGACAUGAUGGAGAUCGCUGGACAGGUGAAAGUAGACGAGGAUCCUGUGCAGAUCACCAUUGGAAUCCACACAGGAGAGGUGGUCACAGGGGUCAUAGGUCAAAGAAUGCCCCGUUACUGCCUGUUUGGAAACACCGUCAACCUGACAAGUCGUACAGAGACCACAGGAGAGAAGGGAAAGAUAAAUGUGUCAGAGUACACAUACAGGUGUUUGCAGUCGGUGGAAAACGCUGAUCCUCAGUUUCGUUUGGAGUACAGAGGACCUGUCACCAUGAAAGGGAAAAAAGAGCCAAUGAAAGUGUGGUUUCUCUCACGUAAGACCUAACGGACGCGUAAAAGACCGUUUUUAGUGUGUUAGUGCACUAAUGUGUGGGUGCCAACUAUUGAAUUGAUUUAAUACAAAAACAUCUGAAUAAAUACAUGGUACAGAUACUCUAUGCAACAUGCAAACGUGCUCAUCGAGUGUUUAUUUCCAUCAUUUUAUAGCAGAGUAUGCGACAGUAUUCAGAUGACUUUUGUUUUUCAUCACUGAGCAAAACAACUUAUUCCACUUUGUCUGUAUUUAGAGUGUUCGAAAUACCUAAAACACUGUUUUUGUUUUAAUUGUGCACAUUAAUUGAGAAAUAAACCUGCAGAUGUUCAGAGUCACAUGUAUUAUAUUGGAAAUACUCUAUAAUUAAUUUAGCUAGACAGAUGCAUGCUGUAAACAAUAAAAACGCCUGCACAUUGGAAUCAUAUUUACACUCUUACAUUGCAUCAGAGAAUUUGCCAAACAUGAAGAUAUAAGCUAUUUUAUGAUCACAAUUUAGUGUAUGCUAUUGUGUUGCUGUGAGGAGUCGUUACUGCGUGAAUGAAUAGAUUCUAAACGAGUUUCUAAGUUAAUAUUAACCAUUUGAAAAGUGCAUCCGUUUGUAUUCGAGUUUGUAUUCAUUGAAUCUCACAGAUAGAGCUCUGUAUCGUAAACCUGUCACGUAACGAUGCUUUUCUGUGCACCGCUGUUUGUUGUAUAUAUUUAAG